UCGUCCAACAGUGUGGACAUGAGGGACUGCAUCUUCAAAGGAAACAAGGCCCAUGGAUUUGGAGCAGCGCUUCGCGUUCAAGAGAGCACAACGUUGGACAUGGCAGAAUGCACGUUCGAAGGAAACCAAGCUAAUGGCGAUGGUCGAGGAGGAGGGCUGGCGCUGGCGGAAUCCGUGGACGUGCGAAUCCAAGAAUCCAUCUUCUCCAGCAACAGCGCUGACUUUGGUGGGGCAAUAGACUCACUGAUCCAGGUGAAGCUAACGGUCGACGGUUCCAAAUUCUCCAACAACACGGCCGGGAACUCUGGAGGGGCAUACAAUGCCGCGAAUGAAAGUACAACGGAUUUCAACAGCUGCGAUUUCUUCGAGAACAAUGCUGGAAUCGGAGGAGCAAUUGCCACUUAUGCAAGGUGCUUGCGAGGAUCGGAGAAGGCAGGCGGUUGA